AUGAACUCCCAAAUCCAUCUCGAUCCCUCUCUGAGGUCCAAUCCUUUGUCGUCGCCAGCACGAACUACGUCCCAGCAUUAUCCCGACGCCGUCCAGCAGGUCUACUCCCCAGUACAACCAUCACCGAACAACUCUUAUCAAAGCAUUCACACACCAAACUAUUAUGGCAAUCAACCCACUCAUGACAGUCCCGAUGAUCACAGUCCAGGAGCACAUCCCUCAGCCGGUCAAAAUCCGGACGACCUGAAACGUCCUCGUGCCUGUGAGGCAUGUCGCCAACUCAAGGUCAAAUGCGAGAUCGACGACAAUAGCCCAAAUGGAAGUUGCAAGAGAUGCGCCAAAGCUCACAGGCAAUGCAUCAUCACUCUGCCAAGCCGUAAGAGGCAGAAAAAGACUGAUAGUCGCGUCGCUGAGCUUGAGAAGAAGAUUGAUGCUUUAACCGCCACUCUAGCUGCACGGGGAGGUGCUGAGGAUAUUGCUCUAGAUCCCGCCAUUGCACAGCAACAAUACCAGCACCAACCUCCGAUCUACAACAAUCAAUGGAACGGCCCCGUUCCUCCCAUCCCGCCAUCCCCUUCCAAUCCAAUCCAAGUUGCUGGAAUAAAGAGAAAGUCAAUAGACACCUUCGGACCCUUCGGCGAUGAGCUUCACAGACCACAACAAGCUAUGAAAAGAGAGCCUUCGAUUGGACCUGCACAUCUAGCUGUAGGUGACGCCAGACAAUCACGAGCCGGUUCUGAGCCGCCUUCGCGAGACUUGGUUGAUCGAGGCCUCAUCGACACCAAAACUGCUUACAGAUGCUUCGAUCGCUACCACAAGGACAUGUCCUACAGGCUACCAGUGGUGAUAUUUCCCUCCGACACCAAAGCUGAGGACAUCCGUAAGAUAAAGCCCACCCUAUUUCACGCCAUUGUCGCCGUCGCAAGUGGUACUAUCAGGCCCGACUUACAGUCAAAGCUCAUUAGCGAUGCCACCAGAAUACUGGCUGAACGCAUUGUCUAUACGGGUGAGAAGUCCAUGGAACUGGUGCAGGCUAUUCAAAUCAUGACUGUCUUCUACCAGCCGCCUGAACGAUACGAGGAGUUGAACUUCAACCAGCUCAUUCAUAUUGCUGCGGUCAUGGCUUUGGAUAUCGGUAUGGGUAAAAGAACAAGAAAGAGUGCUCCCAUCAUCUUCAAAGGAUUUAUGGAAAGGAGUAAAGUAUUGCCUGACCCAAAUGCAGCUGAGACAAGACGAUGCUGGCUCGGUUGCUACUAUAUGUGUUCUAACUCUGCCAUGUCGCUACGACGACCUCUCCUAGUCCGAUGGUCACCUUACGCCGACGAGUGUCUCGAGAUCCUCAGAACUGCUCCCGAUGCUCUACCAUCCGACAAGUGGCUGUGUCAUAUCGUGAAAGCCCAGCACAUCGCUGAAAUGAUCGGGACUGAAUUUGCUAUGGACGACCCAGCAAAAGAAAUUCGUGUCACGGACUUGAACGUACAAUUUCACCUUCGCGGCCUCGAACAAGAAUUGGAGAAAUGGCACAAAGAGGGUGAAGACUUCAUGACUAGCCCAAUCAUGAGACACACAAAAGCAAUCAUCAACUUGUAUAUGCACGAGAUUGCAAUGCAUAAUGAGCACAACAUUGACGACUUCCGACCUCCUUACCACUCUACACCCAUAGAAGGACCACCUGAUCCCGACUCUGUCACACCAAUACACAUCGACUCCCUCACAAAAUGCCUGCACUCUGCCCACGAAGCUUUUGAUGCUUUCCUCUCAAUGGACAUUGAUUUCCUCCGCUCUUUGCCGACACAUUUCUUCGUGCGGAACUCUUACGCAGCCGUUGCCCUGAUCAAGCUCUACACUGCCUGCGCCGCCAAAGAAUCCAAGAUGGGCGCGAUUUUCCAACCUGCCGAGCUCAAAGUCGAUUACUACCUCGACGGCCUCAUCUCCACCCUUAUGAAAGUGGCAGAAGGCGGCAUGUCCCGCGUCGCAUACAAAUUCAGCAUAAUCUUUCAAAUGUUGCGAAACUGGCACCUAAAGCGUACAGAAGCUCCAAGCGGUCGCGGUAGCAGAGAGCACUCCCAACCACGAAUGCCACCGAAGGCCGUGGCUGCUUCGAGAACACCCGUGUACCACCCACCUCUCCCUCGUCCAAACGAGCCACAGCAGAAGAAUCAGUCACAGGCACAAAUCUGGCCACACCAAGCUCAAGCACACGCUCAGGCCCCAAUACAUCCCAGUCAUUCCCAGUCUCAAUCUCAGCCUCAAGGCCCUUCCCGCAACGGCCUCCAGAUGCUCUCCGAUGCAGCCAUGAACCCCCGACCAAUGCCCGGUCCACCCACCCAGCAAAGUCCCUGGCUCUCCUCGCCACAACAACAACAACAACAACAAGGUAUGCAGCAGAACCAACAGCCACCUCAACUUCCGACAAACAUGUCCCAGCAAAUGUCUGGCGAUCCCAACGCGGGAGGUGUACCCAUGGCCAUCGAUCCGAUGAUGGCUGCUGCGUAUGGGAUGCCGCCUGAUCAAAUGUCUUUACUGGACUUUACGAGUGAUGAACUUAUGGCUUAUGGAUUUGGGGAUGAGUUUUUGGCCAUGAAUUUUGGGUUUGAUCAGGGCGGUGGGUGGGCUAUAUGA